AUGUGCCGCUGGCUCGUUUAUUGUGGGAGUGACCCGAUCCUGAUGUCCGACCUCAUCUUUGCGCCGACCAACUCGCUCAUUCACCAGUCGUUCAACGGAGGGUUCCACCCUGGCCUCUCCGACCAGAACAACAUGCAGGACGGCGCUCCCCGCGAGACACUCCUACGCAACUCGCAUCUCAUCCUGAAUGCGGACGGUUUUGGGGUUGGCUGGUACCACAAGCGGGGCGGCGCAAUCUUCCGGUCGGUGACGGCCGCGUGGAACAACAGCAACCUGCGGGAGCUCUCCGAGUCCAUCGAGUCACGCUGCAUCUUUGCGCACGUGCGCCGUCUGCUCUUCCAGCACAACGGACACGUCGAGGGCUUUGACCGCAUCAAGCGGCGAGUGUUCGCUGCGAUGCGCGAUGACGUGUACCACUGGGUGCAGGGCACUACCGACUCGGAGGCGUGCUUUGCCCUCAUCCUCUCCCUCAUCGAGCCAGAGCUGCUUGCCGGUGGCGAGUGCGUGCCAGUGGCCGUGCUGCGCAAGGCGAUGCUCAGCGCCAUCGCAACACUCCGGGGCUUCCUCGCGGAUGCGGGCGUGGUGGUGGUGGCGCGCUACUGCGACAAGGCUCCCGACAUCCCGCCACCCUCUCUCUACUACGCGUUUGCGUCAUCGCACCAGCUUCAGCUGCAACUGAGCCAGGCCUUGACCUCCAGCCGAGAUGAUGCUCAGGAACACACCUUUCGAAAUCAGGCCCGUCUAAGCAGGCUGAACCGCUUGUGUGCCGAGGGCGGCGAGGCGCCACAGAACCCAGGGCACGGCUCAACUUUUGGCUGCACCUGCCCAAAGUGCCGCAAGCUCGAGCAGACUGUAGAGGGCGGCGCCUUCAUCUGUGCGUCUGAGCCACUCACCACCAAUACAAGUGAGUGGUUCUUGAUGAAGGAGAACUCGAUGAUCUCAUUCACGGCGGGAACGCCUAGCGCGGACGACGAAUCCGAGGCUGAGGAGUGCUCGCGGCUCAAGGCGAUGCGUCUAGACCAGGCAACGCCUUGCCAACGGGCUGCCUUCUCCAAGGCCGUCUCUACCAAGGCUGCACGUAACCCCACCGUCACGACCUCGCCAGCGGUGCCGGCACAGAGCCCGAAGCGAAGGAGCAGUUGGGAAGCGCCAAGGUCCUUCGUCGACGAGCAGGGAGCCAGGCCGGGGCCGGAGGCGGAGGCGGAGGCGCGCGCGCGCGAAGACCCGAAGUCCAACCUAGACGUCGUCAGCCUCGACUAGCGCCUCGCGCCGCGCUGCACGACGGUCUCCGACGAGGCGUUUCACUCCCGAUGCAUGUGUUCGUCUUGAUACGCUAACUACUCCAACAUUGUCGUGCGUCUCUCUCUCUCUCUCUCUCUCUCUCUCUCUCUCUCUCUCUCUCUCUCUCUCUCUCUCUCUCUCUCUCUCUCUCUCUCUCUGACAACUGCGAUGCGCUUCGCUGAGACCUCGAUAGAGUAGUGCUGAAGGCGCUCUUUUUGAACGAACAAAAAUGUUCCCCUU